AUGGGUGGUGCCCUUUGGAACGUCGUGUUCCAGGAGGAGGGUGGACUCCAGCCUUUCGCCCCUCUCGCCCCCACCGGACCUGCUCCCGACGAGCCCGGAUACGAGCCCGAGUCCGCUAGUGAUCCUCCCUCCUUCGCGCCGGAUGUCAACAACCCACAGAGUGUGGCGACCGCCAUCCGUGCCUACCGCACCACACUCAACGACCACCUUCGCCGGCAACUGCACUAUGAGGACGACAAGCGCACCUACGACGACGCUACUGCCCGCUACCGUGAAUACCAAUCCCGGCUCGCCACUUACACCAUACGCCUCGCCACCCACGCCACUGACAUCGCUGCGUGGCGUGUUGCUGAUUGUCGAGCUCCCGCCAUUCUCCUCACCACUAUCCCCUCCUCCCUCAAACAAGAGCUCUCACCUACUUCAUCCUUCCACCAUUGGCAACUGCUCGUCGACCUCUUCGACACUCAGGAUAUCACCACUCUCUGUAAGCUCAUCAAGGGAUUCGGGUCCCUCACCAUGGAUUCCACCGCCGGCGCAGCCGCCUUUUCCCGCCGCGUCCUCGACCUUGCUCGCCGCCUUGCAGCAUUGGGAGUUAGCGUGCACACUCGCUGGCAACUGCGCUAUGAGGACGAUAAGCGCACCUACGACGACGCUGCUGCCCGCUACCGCGAAUACCAAUCCCAGCUCGCCACUUACACCAUACGCCUCGCCACCCACACCACUGACAUCGCUGCGUGGCACGUUGCUGAUCGAGCUCCCGCAAUUCUCCUCACCACUAUCCCCUCCUCCCUCAAACGAAAGCUCUCACCUACUUCCUCCUCCCACGAGUGGCAACAACUCAUCGACUUCUUCGACACGCAGGACAUCGCCACUCUCUAUGCGCUCAUCAAGGAAUUCGGGUCCCUCACCAUGGACUCCCCCGCCAGCGCAGCCGCCUUUACCCGCCGCGUCCUCGACCUUGCUCGCCGCCUUGCAGCAUUGGGUGUUGUCUACCCUGACAUCGUCAUCUGCUGCGACCUGCUCCAGGGUCUCACCCCUGCCUUCGAUGCCCACGAGCUAGCAUACAUGCAGCUCUUCUCCAAGCAUGACACUCGCACUCAAGUUGCACAAUGGAUCAUCACCACUGAAGCUGAAAUCCUUCGCCAUUCCUCCUCCACCGCAGCAGCGGCUCAGCACCGCAGCAGCAAGGGCGGGCGUGGGGGUGGGCGUGGAGGUGGGCGUGGUGGUGGGUGA